CAAACAACGAGACGCACGUCCCCCGCACACAGCCGAGCCGAGAGCAGCAAGCAAGCAAGCCUACGCCUUCUCUCUUCUUCAUCACACCCCCAGACAACCCAACCCCCGUCCCCCAAAAAAUCUCCCCACAGCAUCGUCUGCCCCUCCUUCUCCGCUCCCAGUCCGUUAGCCUUUCGCGUUUUGCCUUCCCGUCUCCUCCGUGGCGGGGAGUUCCUCGUGGUAUAGGCGGCGACGGCAACGGCGACCGCGGCGGAGGUGUCGCGCCGUCUGCUUUGGGUUUUAGGAGGUUUCUCGAGGGGUUUUAGGCGGAGAUCGGGGGAGCAGGCAAAUGCGUGUUGAGUUUUAGGGGAAGUUUUCUCUCGAUGUGGCCCAUGGAGGAGGAGUUUUACAUGCCGGUGAAGAGGACGGAGCACGUCGAGGUGACUUCCAGGGUCGUGGCGGUGUCGUCUUCGCCGGCUUCCUCGGCGAAGGCGAAGGGGAAGUACCCCAAGACGGUGAGGGUCUUCUGCGAAGACAACGACGCGACCGAUUCGUCUAGCGACGAGGAAGGGGCGCCCGAGCGCAGGCGGGUGAAGCGCUACGUGCAGGAGCUCCGCCUGGAGCCGGCGGUGCCGGCCAAGGCGAGGAGCGCCGAAGACGCGGCCCCGGCCCCGGCGGCGCCGAUGACGGCGGCGACGACGAAGGCGCUGGUCCCCGUCAGGAAGAGGAAGGCCGGCGCGGACGCCGGCGGCUCCCCGCGGUUCCGCGGCGUGCGGCGGCGGCCGUGGGGUAAGUACGCGGCGGAGAUCCGCGAUCCGUGGCGGCGGGUGCGCGUUUGGCUCGGCACCUUCGACACCGCGGAGGAGGCCGCGAGGGUCUACGACUCGGCGGCCAUCAAGCUGCGCGGGCCCGACGCCACCGUCAACUUCCAGGAGUCCGAGGACGGCGACAUGGAGGUCCCGCCCGAGGUCGCCGAACGCCUCCCACAGCCCCCCGCAGCCGCGGCGGGGUCCAAGAACGCCUCCUCCUCGGCUACCUCCUACGAUUCCUGCGAGGAGUCGCACGUGGCCGCGGCGUCCCCAACCUCCGUCCUCCGCUGCUCCUUCCAUCCGUCCACCUUGUCUACAGUCGGCGGCGACGACAACACCUCGAAGAAGCCGUCGGCCUCCUUCCGCAGCGUCGAGACCGGCGAGUCCAGCGGCGUCUUCGGCUGCUCGUUCCCCGACAACAGCUUCGCCGGCGAGCUGCCCCCGCUCUUCACCGACUUCGACCUCCUGUCCGACUUCCCGGAGCCCCCGAUGGACUUCCUCUCCAACCUCCCAGAGGAGCACUUCCCAUUCUCCAACGACUCCUCGCCGGACUUCCGCCUCGACCCGCCUUCGCCGGCGGCGUUGCAGCAGGCGGACGAAUUCUUCGAGGACAUCACCGACCUCUUCCAAAUCGAUCCCCUCCCCGCAAUCUAGUACAACAACUGUAAAGCACCGGGAGCGAAUUAGGACGCCACUAAUUCGGUCGGUCAAUUUUGUUUGUGUUUGCAUUUGUUAUUCUUUCCGGUUUGUUGUUAGACAGAGUUCGUAAGAUUCCGCAGUCGUGUAGCUGCCGCUUAAACAUCCCGGCCAAAGGGAAGCCUUGACGGGGUUUUAGAUGAGAGUGAGAUGUCAUUAGCAUUCUGCUGUUUGAGUUCAGCGCUGGUUUUUCUUGCCACCGAUGAAUCCAAGUUAUCAGUAAUUGGCAAUAUCAAGUUGAGCAACAACAAA